UAAAUAUCCGAUCCUGGCGAUUAACAGAGGUCGUUUCUUGACAAGAUUGACGUUAACGUAAACAAGCAACAAAACCAAGACAUGAGGGUGAUUAAGUCAUUAUUCAUGAUGCUUAACGUUUACGAAAUAUACGCUGGAAGUACAACGUGCGGUCGAAAGUUUUCCCUUAGGCAAGAUUCGUGGGAAGUGAAAGAUACUAUCAAAGAGGAAGUGUCAGCUUUGGCAAAGGAUAUUUCUAAACUAAUAACAGGUGUCUCCACACUGACAAAGAUCGUUUCCACCAUGAAGUCUGACAUAGAAGCUAACAUUGUUGGUAUUAGAAGAGACAUUGCUGCACAAGUUAAGACAUCUACUGAUAAAAAGAAUUGCGAUUCGACACCCUGCCACAAUGGCGGCACUUGCACCGAACAAGGAAAUGGCUAUACGUGUAAAUGUAAGACUGGAUAUACUGGAAUCAAUUGUGAAACAGUUGCAGAUUUACACGUAGACGGGUGUAGUUUUAAAAGUCCUUGUCAGAACGAGGGCACCUGUUUUGGCAGCGUUAACGGCUAUACGUGUAAGUGCAAGGCUGGAUAUACUGGGGCGAAUUGUCAGACAGGUAAAGCUGGAAAACUGAAAAACAAACCAAUUGUUGCAAAGCGAAUGAAGAGACACCAAAUAAAGGAUAUUGCGGUAACGUCAAGCGGAAAUAUUGCGCUAACAGGAGGGCCCCUUACUACAAACAUAUAUGAUAAAAACUAUAAUGCGAUCAAAGUUAUCGACAAGGUAUUCGGUUAUGUAGCAAUAACUACUAACGACCAACUAUUAUUUACUGACUCUACUAAGACGAUUUACGUCUAUACAGCAGAGGGCAUCCCUAUACGUAAUAUAACCGUUAAAGGGUCGGCCUCAGUAACUCGGCUACGUGAUAUUACUACUCUGUCUACUGGUCAAUUGGCUGUAAUAGAUGCUACUACAGAAAGAGUGUAUGGCGUUGAUCCCUCUAACGGGGAUCUCUCUCCUAUCACGAUGCCUUACUCGAUGAAUCGUCCUAUUUAUUUGACAUCUAAUAGUAAAGAUGUCAUCCUAGUCACUGACUAUUAUGGAGAUAAUAUAAAAGGUUUUGAUAAACUUGGAAAUGUUGUGUUAACAUAUGGAACAAGGGGGUCGGGUGCGGGACAGUUGAUGAGACCACGUGGUGUGUGCGUAGAUAGCAACGAUUAUAUCUUGGUCGCAGACAACAGCAAUGGCAGGAUACAACUUCUUACCCCUGAAGGUAAAUUCCAUAGCUACCUUCUUGCAAUGAAUAUUAGUGAUUUAAAUCCAUUUGCCGUACAUAUCAACCAAGUAGGGGAUUUGCUGGUCGGAGAUGCAUGGGGACAUCUGUUCGCUAUCACAUACAGGGAAUAA